GAGUGUCAAAUAAACUCUUUUCAGGGCUGUAUUCUGUGCCCGAACCCGGACACAUCCAGCGCUUACAAUACCGGUGGCGAGAGUUGUCGUUCGAAUUCCAUCACACCUGACGGAACCGUGAAAACGCCUCCACAAUUGACCGCGCCGGUGCCUGCAGUGGAGCCAAUGCCGAUGCCCACCGGCGUGCCGCCCCGUUCACCUCGACAAUUGCAUCGGUCGAAGAAUAUGCCGCUUUCGCCAACAGUGGAAAGCGUUGAUGAUCAGGCAAAUGUUGGCGCCGUUCGAACACCUGCAUCGAGGCGGAACAGCAGGCAUCAUCCGAAAGAAGUUCUGGAACUUCCAAAUCGUCUACACACUCCUGGUUAUGCGGACGAGAUCCCUAAUUCGUCGGCAGUCGACACACCGAUACCAACACGACGACGUUUCCCUCCGCUCCAGAUUCUGCCCACAAAGGACAGUUUAGAAUGUGCUAAACGGUUCAGGAUACCCUCCCUGUCGAUAGUGAUUCGAGAGCAGAACAAACAAAAUCACGGACCGAACAUUGCUACACAACAGAAGGUUCCAAUGCCGAAGUAUUUCCGGAGUAUUCAAACGAAAGAGAAAUUGUAUAUAAUCGAAAAGCCAGUAGAAGAAACGAAUGAAAUUAGUGACGAUCAUGGAGCUGCUGCUGGACCUUCGAAAAGAGCUCCGGACCAGCCUAGUCAAUCAAACGACACUAUUUUUACAAGUGGAGUAAAAAAUCCGGUGAAGCGACGAUGUGACGGUUCACGAUAUGUCGUGAAGCGACCGGCUCGGAAUCAAAUUCUGAAGAAACGGGCUGCACAGCUUAUCCGAGAACGAACAGGCAUCAGCACCGAUGAUGACGCCAUGAGCGAGCUGAAACUCGGACACUUUCACACACGUGAGGAGCGGAAGAAGCAUUUGGAAGAGGAACGACGAAGAAAAAUUCGUAAUCAACAAAAACUCAUCGAAUCGAAGAUCUCUCCCGCCGAUCAGAUGAUCGUGCAGUUAUCUCAGCGAAAAAUGCAACGUCGUAAAGAAAAGAUGCUGUUGGACGGUUUCGUGACCACACAAGAAGUGCUCAGUCAACGGAAUCCGGACACCACUGCCAAACAUGGGAUUCUCUCAGUUACCACCGUCUAG